UCGCUCGUGCGUCCGGUUGGAUGGGGUGCGGGCGGGGCUGUCUGCAUCUGCUCUAACACGGUGUGAGGGAGCGUAUGAUUGUUUUGUCACCUGGGUCGGCCCAUCCACUUCCUGCUAUGCCGGGCGCGGUUGUGGUCAAACUCUUGUCACCUUACCCAAUAGAAUAUGGGGGUAAGUGGGAGGGUUACCACCCGUUUGCGCAUCGGUACGCCUGUUCAUCUAAUUCCCAAGCCUCGCCUCAUCCCCAUUUUUCAGCUGGAAAGACCGAGGCUCUUUGGCCCCACUCUUGAGGGCCUGUAGGAGGUAGGGUGGCUUCGGAGUUGGCCCCCAGGGUCCUCAGGGUUGACUUGGGCUUGGCUUGGACGUUGUCUUCCUCCACCCUUCCAGCCCGACACGUUUCAGAGGGCAUUACUGAAAGGGAGCUCUUUGGGGAAGGAUUGCUCUCCUAACCUGCCACCAGGGCUCUCCUCUAACUUAUCAAAUAUGUGGCAUUGGGCCUGAGGGAGGAGGCCCAAGGGAAUCUGAGGAUGGCUAUAGACAGAGGGAGGGGUUGAGACAAUGGCUAUGAACAGAUGUCAUACUGUACCCUGCUCCUGCCAGACCUACUUGGACUACAUUAUGUUGGGGCUAGGCAACCUCCCCUGUCUACCUCCUCCUUGCUGCUGGCCCAGGCAACUGUACAGGAGCCAGUAGUAUUUCCUUGUGGUGGGUGUGGCAGGGAUGAGACUUCUUUGUUUUGGGGUCUUUGGGUGCCUCAUUCAGGCCAUCACUCCCACGAAGAGCUAGUGUGUUGGUGACCAUCCAGGGCUCCUAAAAGCAGAGGCAUGCCGAGGUAUACAUUACAUACUGAGUCUGCCGCAGCAUGACCCCCAUGCUCUUUCUGCUGGGAGUAUUUUAAUGGGGAUGAUGCAGAUCACAGAAGGGUAGGGUUGGCAGGCAGUGUGAUCCCAGGGGUCCUCCACCAGGAGCUCUGGGCCAGGAAAUGCUCCUGGGGAAUGCUGGGCCCAGGUUCACCAUGGAGUUUGGGCAGAUUUGGCCUUGCCUUCCCUAAGCUUGCAGGAUGAUUCCCAGAGGUGAGGUCUGUGCUGGGCAGGCACAGAGAAUCCACUGACCCAGUCAGGAAAGGUUUCCUGGAGUACGCAGCUGGAGCUGAGUCCAGGAGAGAGUUCCAGGCAGAGGGAACUACGUAUCAGAGGGAGGGAGCUAAGCAAUCCAGGCUCUCUGGAAUGGAGUGGGGGAAGGUAGAUGGUGCAGGGCUCGUGACUGGUUGGGUCAUCUGGACUUUGUCUUGGGGGCCUGCAGGGAGCCUUGUGUGGACCUAAGGAGUACUGAAUAUGAAGGGUGUGGCAUUGGGAAGUGUGUGGUCUCUGACCGGACUGGUCCUAGGCCUUUUCACCUGUAUUGGUGCUAAAUGCACUCAUUAAUUCAUUCAGUUCUUAGUUAUCCUAGGUCACAGCAGAGGAGCCUCAGGUUGUACCUAGAGGCACUGAGCAACUGGAAUCGUAACCUGCCCAGCUUCUCAGAGAAUGAGGCUAUUGGCAUUAAUCCUGGGAACCCCCAUGGUGGGCAGCAGACAAGCUGUUCCUGGGCACAGAGCAGGGACCUAACCUUGGCCAUCAGAGGAUCAGCAUCCAAGGGUGACCAGUCUCUGUGGGUGGGACUCAAAUUGGCGAUAGAGGAAGCAGAGGCUAGAGAAGGGAUACUGAAGGCCCUGGGUGGGGGAAGGGACUAUAGCAAGCUAUUUCCACCUCUCCCAGCCUCAGUCUCCUUAUCUGUAAAGUAGGCAUAAUAAGGAUAUUCUUCCCAGUGUUACUUGAGGUGAAAGGCAUGUGGAUGGCUCUUAUCUAGUUCUAGGCACAGAGGGACCCAGGAAGUGACCAUUGGUAUUUUUAGAGGCCACACAGCCUGGCCAGGCAAAGCAGAUCAGGUGACUUCCUCUUUCAGCUAUUUUCUCUCUGGUGGAAACAGUGACCAAGGUUUCUUCACUGCCCUGUCUAGUCCACAAGCAUCUCAUCGAGAGGCUGUCAUGCUGGGGACUCCCCACUUCUGCACCACAUCAUGAAGGGAAGUGAAUGCAGGUGCCGCACCUCCCUCCCAUGGCUGCCCUGAGGACACAGUGGGAUGGUGCACAAGGAGGGCGUGUCCUCUGCAGGGCUGUGUUCACAGCUGGAGGCCAGUGAAUGCCCUCGAGAGCCAAACACUGGAUCCUAAAGGGGGUUUGGAAAGUGUCAAGAGAAUGGCAUGUGGGAGCAGCAACUGCAUGAAUCUGCCAGUUGGAACUCAGGGAAGGUCAAGGAGGCUGAAUGAAGCCUAUUUCCUGUAAUCAAAGAAAUGGGGAACACAGAAAGGCUUUUGUGCCUAGGAGCCCCACAGUGCCCGGUGAUUUGGGCAACCAGCUGGAGGCAAAGCUGGACAAGCCGACAGUCGUGCACUACCUCUGCUCCAAGAGGACAGACAGCUACUUCACACUCUGGCUGAACCUGGAACUGCUGCUGCCUGUCAUCAUUGACUGCUGGAUUGACAAUAUCAGGCUGGUCUACAACCGAACGUCCCGCACCACCCAGUCUCCUGAUGGUGUGGAUGUGCGUGUCCCUGGCUUUGGGAAGACCUUCUCACUGGAGUUCCUGGACCCCAGCAAAAGCAGUGUGGGUUCCUAUUUCCAUACCAUGGUGGAGAGCCUUGUGGGCUGGGGCUACACACGAGGUGAGGACGUCCGGGGGGCCCCCUAUGACUGGCGCCGAGCUCCAAAUGAAAACGGGCCCUACUUCCUGGCCCUCCGUGAGAUGAUCGAGGAGAUGCACCAGCUGUAUGGGGGCCCCGUGGUGCUGGCUGCCCACAGUAUGGGCAACAUGUACACGCUCUACUUUCUGCAGCAGCAGCCACAGGCCUGGAAGGACAAGUAUAUCCAUGCCUUUGUGGCACUGGGUCCGCCCUGGGGGGGCGUGGCCAAGACCCUGCGCGUCCUGGCCUCAGGAGACAACAACCGGAUCCCAGUCAUUGGGCCCCUGAAGAUCCGGGAGCAGCAGCGGUCUGCCGUCUCCACCAGCUGGCUGCUGCCCUACAACUAUACCUGGUCACCCAAAAAGGUCUUCGUGCACACACCCACAGCCAACUACACGCUGCAGGACUAUCGCCGCUUCUUCCAGGACAUCGGCUUCGAAGAUGGCUGGCUCAUGCGGCAGGACACGGAGGGGCUGGUUGAGGCCAUGGUGCCACCUGGCGUGCGACUGCACUGCCUCUACGGCACUGGUGUCCCUACGCCAGACUCCUUCUACUAUGAAAGCUUCCCGGACCGCGACCCGAAGAUCUGCUUUGGUGAUGGUGACGGCACUGUGAACUUGCGGAGCGCCCUGCAGUGCCAGGCCUGGCGCGGCCGCCAGGAGCAAGAAGUAUCACUGCAGGCACUGCCGGGCACCGAGCACAUCGCGAUGCUGGCCAACGCCACUACCCUGGCCUAUCUGAAACGUGUGCUCCUCGGGCCCUGAUUCCUAUGUUGGGCAGGGCUCUGGGAUGGCCUGGCCACCACUGCUUCUCCUGGCCUCUAGGGCAACCAUAGCCCAUGAGUUGAGCAGUUUGUGACUGACCAUCUAAGGCCCUGGAUCUUGGGUUGUGAAGUGGGGAAAUGCUGGGUUGUUUAUCCUUCGUCUCUGGGAAUGAGGAAGGAAGACAUAGCCUGAACUUACUUGAGGGACCCUUGGAAAGAAUGCUGCUGAUGGUGGAAUUGUGACCUCAGGACUGGCUCCGCAGGUGGAUUGGCUGGCACCUGGCCCCAAUCCCCAGUGCUGGGGCCUUGUGUUCCUCCUACCCCUGUGGCCUUUUCACACUCGCCCACCAGGGCCUGGCUCCUCAGCUUUCUUGUGAGGGAUGUGACUGAACUGUGGUCCCUAGGUUGGGCUCCUGGUCCCUAGGGUGUACCUUCUCACACAUUGGCCACAAGUCGGCCUGCUACUGGCCAUGGGUGGCUGGAGCUGCUGUCUUCGCUGUGGCCUAGCUGCUCACACAGCCUGACUGUGGCUUUCUGGGGGCAGCCCGGUUCCCCCUGCAGGCAGGGGUGGGUGGUUAGGUUCUCCAUGGUUCCCAGGCCCUGGGGCAUUCACUCCUACCUCCCUUACUUCUAAGAACAGCCUAGCUCAGGGCUGGGCAGCAGAUGGAGCCCCAGCUCUCGGAUCUGUGUCCCAGGAGCCCUGAUCUCCUUGGCUGGGCCGUUACCCACAGUACUGAUGCAGCCUCCCUUUGCCCUGGGGCUGUGGUUCAAGAAUGAGAGCAGAGCCUGGUGCCAUGCCCUCUAGGUACUCAUGAAGAAAGAGGACUCAAGGAAGCAGCCAAGGCCAAUCAGAGCCACCCUGAGCUGCCCUCUUGCUGACCCUCCACCACAUUGCCACCCUGCCCAGGAUCUCUCUAGCAUUCACGUGGGCUGGCACAGGACUGAGAGGAGGUAGGACUCUUGCCCACUCUGCCCAGCACCCAUCCCCACCAGGCAGCUCAGUGGUGUUUAGUCAGCAGGGACUCGCCCAGAAACUUGAGUGGGCCCCUGAGAGAGCCAGGUGCCUUAGGGGCCCCCUAGGGGUUUUCUUCCUGCUCCAGAGGUGCUGCAUGGAUCUCCCUGUGAUAGCAGGGAUGGAGGAUGUGGAUCUGCCUUGGUGGUCUCCAAGUGGGCAAUGCCUAAAGGCCAAGACUUGGGUCUAGCCUCUGGGGUGGAGCCCCAAAGCCACAGUCAGGCUGGACUGUGCUUCGCUCCUACAAGGUUUCUGAGAAGCGGAAUUUUCUCUGUUGCAUUCAUACCCAGCAUCUGUCUCUCCCUUUGUUCCUGAGUGGUGGGCCCCACAUGGGGCUCUAAGCAGGCUGUACCUCGAUUCUGGCAAUAAAAGUACUCUGGAUGCUGUAAAGUGCCCUGGCCUAGCCUCUGCUCUGAACAUGAGAGGAAGGAGGCAGUGGAAGGGUGAGGGGGCUAGCGAGGCAAGUAAUCAGAGGCUGGACCUUGACCUUCCUGGGCCCUUGAUGGGUUCUCUCAGCACCAAAGCAUGGCUCCUGUGCACCUCUUUGGGUUUUAUCCUUCCCCCUCUC